UUGAAGGUCACAUGGCCCAAGGUGAGGCUCCUCCCUCCUCCUCCCCCCCGUUAGCACCGAUUCAACCGUCUCCUGCUCCGGUCAGUUACUACAAAAUGGCUGCAGAGGCUCCGCCGCCGAUGAGAACCUACUGAACGCUUCAUGCUGUGAAAAGAAGCAAAAAAACCACGAGAAGAGAACCAUUUGAUGGAAGAUAAGAAAAAGAAAAAGCAAGACGAGAAGAAAAAGAAAGAAGCUGCUCAAAAAAAGGCCACAGAACAGAUAACCAAAGUGCCAGACUCUGCCAAGCCCGACCCCGCCCUUCCUCCUGCCCCCGUCAGCCCCAGCGCCGCCCCGUCUGUACCCCCAAGCAGUGGAAAUGGCAAGCGGGCCCCGCCGGGAGGCCAGCCGCAGACAGCCCAGCAGCCCCAGACCCCGGUCCAGCAGCGCUACCCGCCCAGAGAGGUGCCUCCACGCUUCCGCCAGCAGGAGCACAAGCAGCUGCUGAAGAGGGGCCAGCCGCUGCCCGCCGGGACGCUGCCGCUCAUCACCACGGGACGCGCCGCCACUAGUGAACCUGCAGCAACAGUAGCCAUACACUCCUCUUCCUCCUCUUCCUCCACAGCCAGCCUGCCCACAGAACUGCCCCCACAGAGUGGCCAGGGAGCCCAGUAUGAUAAUCCCCUCUGGGGACACCUGCCAGCCAACAGGAGUGCCACAAAUGCUGCAUCUGCCCCCAAUCUCAGUGGCUGGGAUCAACUGAUCAUUGACCAGAAGGACACAGAGGCUUGGCCUUCCAUUACCCUCAGCCAGAGCCAGGCCCCUCCAGGAGGAUGCCCUUUGGACACUGAUCCUGGUCACUUGACCAGUAGCAGCAGCAGCAGUAGUACUAGCAGUAGUUGUAGUACAGUGAGUAUGGCCACGGGAGCCAAUAGCCAGACAGGCCACUUCCCUGCCAAUCACCUUAGCAGCAAAGCCAACAGUGGGCCCAGCCCUGCCAAUCAUACUGGAACCAGCAUGCUCUCUAGCCAGGUUGCAACCAAUCGCAGCUGGGGCACUGGGCCUGGACCCUCCCAUUGCACCCCUCAGUCCUCAGUGGGGAGUGAAGGGAAGGGUGACAGCCCAGUGGGAGGAGGAGGAAGCAGCAGGGGAUGGGGUUCUUCUUCAUCAUCCUCCACCACCAACUUUAACUUGAACCUAAACCCUAAUGCCAACCCGUCUGCCUGGCCCAUGUUGGGGCAUGACGGGGGUGGCACAGGGGGAGGCAGCUCAGGGGGAGCCAACACCAUUUCACCUCCUCAACCUUCACCUAACCUCUGUAAUCCACCUGGCCCCCCACCAGCCAAGACCAGCACCUGUACCGGAGCCAACACUAACAGCAACUCCUCGGGGAUUGGCAGCGCCUGGGGUACCAUAAUGGCUUCUGAUGCAUCAGAGCCCCACCCCUCCCCGUCCACGAAUGUGUCUUUCAGUUCAGAACCUCAGAACCUUAAAACUGAUGGACCAAAUCACACUAAUAAGCAGGAACCCCCCAGUCCUAUUCGCAACCUGCCUGGCUGGGGUAGUGCACCUGUAGGCUUGGGUUCCAUGGGUCAGCCUCCAGCAGGGGGCUCACAGGUCAAUGGGGAAGAUGGUAACUCGGUGUGGGGCAACAGUGGCAACUCAAAAGCAACUCCUUCUAAGGAGGCACCUGGCUGGGACUCUGGCUGGGGCCAUGGAGGAGGUGGAGCAGGGAAUUCUGGAGGUUGGGGUGAACAGUCUGGUGGGGACUGGGGUAAGCAGCACACUGAAGAGGCCCAGGGAGGCUGGGACGCACCCAGCUCUCCUCCCCAGGAUUCACAGGCUAGUCCUUGGGGCAGAGCUGUGAGCACAGCGGGUGCUAGUGAAGGGAGCAGUGACAGCAUGGAAGGACAUCCCCGGCAGAGAGACCACUCAUCCAGAGAUAAUCCAGCUCCUCUGCUGCCUGCCCAGGAUCUGGACCCCAGGGUGCUGUGCAACACUGGCUGGGGACAGACCCCCGUUCGCCAGCACACCUCCUGGGACAUGGACAAUACUAAACGCAAGAAUGAUGCAGGCAAUGAAUCAUGGGGCUCCAGCCCAACUACUCCAAGCGAUGCCCAGGGGCCCUCCAACACGGGCCCCUCUCAGAGGACUGACUCUGGGAGCAAAAAUGAUGUGCCUGGUUCUCAGGGAGCUUCUGGUUGGGGUGGAAGCAUAGCUGCUACCAACCAGCCCAGCUCUGGUUGGGGAGAGCCGCCCAACAACGUUAAGCCCCCAGGAGGCCCUGGUGGCUGGGGGAACCCUCCAGCAGGGGGCCCCAACUCCAACAUACCCAAGAAUGGGGGUCAGUCGUGGGGAGAGGAGAAGUCGACUGGGUGGGAAGAUUCUCACGUCAAGUCAACAUCCCAGGGCUGGGGAGAGCAACCCAAAGCAUCCCACAACUGGGGCAACAGUGGAGGGAGCAAAAAUGCAGGAGACUGGGGAGAACCAGAGGAGAGCAAAAAGAGUCCCACUAAUCCUGGCUGGGAGGGAGAAGCAGGAGGCUGGAAGGAAAACCCCCGAGGCUGGGGAAUGUCUUCUUCUUCAGGACCUGGGAUAUCUGGAUCUGGAGGAAAUGGAGGCUGGGGAGAGUCGGUCCCCCAGCGUUCCAGUGGCCCUCCUCAGGGCUGGGGCGGGAAGCCUCAGGAUGGGCCCAGUGGUAAUAGUGGAGGAGGGGGCAUGGGCUCUUGGAGUGGCUCAGGCUCAGUGAAGCAGGGUGCAGGCUGGGGUGGUGGGAAGCAGGACUCCUCUGCUGAGCCUACAGGCUGGGAGGAACCCUCCCCUCCUUCAAUCCGACGUAAGAUGGAGAUAGAUGAUGGGACCUCCGCCUGGGGUGACCCUGGUGCCUACAGCAAGGCAGUCAAUCUGUGGGACAGGAACAAUCCCGGAAUGUCCCAGACUAAAGUCACCACUGGAGGCAAUAAUCCGCCAGGUUCCAACAACAACCAUCCCCACUCUCACAAUCACCCUUAUCAUGGGCCGCCUGCACCUUUACAGAACCAUAGCCAAAACAGCCCAAACCCAGCCCCCAGUGGGCCUAUGGAUCCUACUGUGCAACAUCAGUCUGGGCCAACUCACAGCAGAGGUCCCCUGAUAGCUCAAGGUUGGGGAGAGCUGCCCAGCUCCCACACAAAAUCAGAGAGCUCCUGGGGGGAACCUGCACCGUCUCCGGUCAGCGUGGAUAAUGGGACGUCUGCCUGGGGCAAACCUAGCGGGAGCUGUGGGGGAUGGGGAGAAAACAACCCGGACAACUAUGGAAGGGGCAACCCAGCAAUGACGUCUGCACCUUGCAAACCUGCCCCCAAACCUAUGCAAGACGGAUGGGGAGGUGGAGGUGAGGAUCUGAGCCUGUCGGGUGGUCAGUGGGAUGCAGAGGAGGGAGACAUGUGGAACAGCACUGCCUCCCAGGAGAGCAACUCUUCCUGCAACUCCUGGGGCAACGCAUCCAAGAAAGGCCCGCAAAAGGGGAAGGUCCCGGGGAAGCAGGAGGACACCUGGAUCAUGAAUCGUCUCAUCAAACAGCUGACAGACAUGGGCUUCCCUAGGGAUCCAGCAGAGGAGGCUUUGAAGAGCAACAACAUGAACCUGGAUCAGGCCAUGAGUGCCCUGCUGGAGAAAAAGACAGAGCUGGACAAGCGUGGGAUGGGGAUAUCCGGCCACGACUACAACAACGGGCUCAUCAACAAGCCCAUGAGCUGCCCUCGGCCUCCACUUCUUUCCAAAGACCCUUCAGCGGAUCCUCGCUUGCCCUUCAUGGAUAAGAUGCAGAGUGGAAUGUUUGGCGGUGGUGGAGCAGCACAAGCCCGGGCCAUGCAGCAGCCGCAGCCGCCUCCUCAGCCGCCAGUGCCGCCUCUCAGCUCCUCUCAGCCUAGUCUACGUGCUCAAGUGCCUCAGUUUCUCUCCCCUCAGGUUCAAGCACAGCUCUUACAGUUUGCAGCAAAAAACAUUGGUCUGAAUCCUGCACUUUUAACCUCACCAAUAAACCCUCAACAUAUGACCCUUCUGAAUCAACUCUACCAGCUGCAACUGGCGUACCAGCGUUUACAAAUUCAACAGCAGAUGUUGCAGGCGCAGCGCAAUGUUUCUGGCCCCAUUCGACAACAAGAGCAGCAAGUCGCACGUACAAUCAAUAACAUGCAGCAGCAGAUCCAACAGCACCAGCGUCAGCUGGCCCAGGCCCUGCUGAUAAAGCAGCAGCAACAGCAGCCGCCCCCUUCCCACUCAGGCCUGCAUCCUGGAGGGGCCAAAUCCUCCCUGGAUUCAUUUCCAGGUCACCCCCAGGCUCCAGGCCUCCCUGACCUGCAGACCAAAGAGCCGCAGUCAUCUCCCAACACCUACAGCCCCUACUCUCUCUCUGGACUGAAUCCAAACAUGAAUGUAAACUGCAUGGAGGUGGGAGGGUUAUCUAUGAAGGAACCCCCCCAGCCCCAGUCGCGCCUGUCACAGUGGACGCACCCAAACUCCAUCGAAAGCCUCUCUGGAAACUCCUCUCCUCUGGAGCCCAAUCUGGGCAAGCAUGGUGCCAACCUCGGCCCUCCUGGUAAACCCCCUCAGCUGGACGACUCGUACAGCCCCUACAACCUGAUGUCCAGCUCAGAGUCUCCUACCAGCCCCCUGGUGCCCCCUGACAGCUGGGGUCAGGGCAAGAGCAGCAGUGACAAGAUGGCCAACGGGACCAAUAUCAACUGGCCUCCAGAGUUUUGCCCUGGUGUUCCCUGGAAGGGCCUCCAGAAUAUCGACCCUGAGACUGACCCCAACGUGACCCCCGGCAGCGUCCCCAGCGGACCCACCAUCAACACCAACAUCCAAGAUGUCAACCGCUACCUGCUCCGGGACAGGAGUGGAGGUAAACUGUCAGAGAUGAAGUCCACUUGGUCUCCGGGUCCCAUUUCUCACAGCCAGGCCUCCCUGUCCCACGAGCUCUGGAAGGUCCCUCAGGGCCCUCGGAGCAGCACCACGGCUCCAUCCCGCCCCCCACCGGGCCUCACCAACACAAAGCCUUCCUCCACCUGGGGGGGCAACUCUCUGGGUCUGGCCCAAGGCUGGAGCAGCUCUUACACCACAGCAGGUACCACCUGGAGUACGGACAGCUCCACCAGGACCAGUAGCUGGCUGGUUCUGAGGAACCUCACUCCACAGAUUGACGGUUCCACUCUGCGUACACUGUGCAUGCAGCACGGCCCUCUCAUCACAUUCCACCUCAACCUGACGCAGGGAAACGCCGUGGUGCGCUACAGCUCCAAGGACGAAGCUGCCAAGGCUCAGAAGUCCCUGCACAUGUGUGUGCUCGGGAACACCACCAUCCUGGCCGAGUUUGCCGGGGAAGAGGAAGUGAACCGCUUCUUUGCACAGGGCCAGACGCUGGGCGGGACGACCAGCUGGCAGGCCACCCCGGGCACCAAUCAGACGAGGAUGGGCGGGACCGGGACCGGAGCCUCUCAUCCCAUCGGCCACUCGCCCCACUGGAACAACAACAACGGCGCCGGCAGCAGCAGUAGCAGCGGCCUGGGAGCAGCGGGAACGAAGACGGGCGGAGAGCUGCUCUGGGGCGGCGUUCAGCAGUAUUCAAGCCUGUGGGGACCCCCGAGCGGAGAGGAGGGCCGGGUGAUGGGGAGCCCCACCCCAAUCAAUACACUGCUGCCUGGGGACCUGCUGAGCGGAGAGUCCAUGUAGGAGAGGCUAAAUACACAGCAACAGGAGCAAAAACCUUGCAAAUCAAUGUGGAGAUAAUCAGCGUGGGCGUAAAGGUGAAAAGGAGAGACGGGAGGAGGACGAGGCCACAUCUUCGCUGCUCGUCCUUGACCUCCUCCGCUCCUUUUGUUUUUAACCACAUUUCAGUUGCAGUUCUUUUGUGACUCUCAGUGAGAGAUUUUGGUCACAGUGUUCAGUUUUUCCUCGUGUAGACGCAGGAGGAAGUCUUUCAUUCAACUUUGUACAGAGACGAACUUUUGAAAGUCGCCGUGUGGAGCAUACUUUAGUCAAACUGACACAGUGACGAGCUGCCGUCUUUAGACCGGCGUAGUCCCUCACUGCCUUUUGAGGCAAUCAUACUGCACCUCAGAGAUCCAUGAAAAAGGCAUCAUUCCCAAAGUAAAACCCUUCAAUCAGAGCGGUUGUUGAACGUUCAGCUGGUCCAGACUCGACAUUUGUUUCUCUCAGCACUAAUGUUAGCCUUAAACUAUUUCCUGCCCUGCUAUCCUCACUCACUCUGUACUUGGUGAAGAAGCAUACGGACACUUGCACACCCUUAUUUCUGAGCCAGUGAAACCUGAGUGGAGAGUACAUGCUGCUGCGGCUCAACAGAAGCGACCACAGCUCACAACGUCAGUGCAUUUUUUUUGCAAGCAGAUCGAGUUCCCCACGCGACGCUCAAAGGGAAUGAUGCAACUCUGUUCGCCUUGUUCAAGCCAUUUAUUUUUGUAGUGUGUUUUUUUUCUUGAACCAUUGCAAACAAAGCUAAGAAAUGAUAUUAUUCAAACGUGUGUGUCAGUCUUACGUGGCGGAGGGGUCGGGUGGCGGCGGUCGCAUGUACGGUGAAGGACGGACAGCCAACCGCUGCUCUAACUACGGAACUGUAAACACAAACACUUCGAUGCACCUCAGCUCACUGCGGGGCGACUCGCAGUUCAGACCCUCUCACUGAUGUUGUGGAAAACCUCAAGUCGUGCCCCCCUCACCCGCCUCCUCCCCUCGCCUCCCCCCUCCCCCCAGCGGCGCCCACUCCACCUGCAAAACACCUGCAUUACAAAGCGACGUGCAAUAUAAGCCACAGACUCUACCGUCCGAGCCGCCCUGCCACGGCCUGAGAGGAGACUGUAAGGAACUGCAAAAACUUUAUCUGCCCCCUCCCACCAUUUCAAAUAAAAAAAAAGAAAGAAAAACUGCCACUACUUUCUCCCCUUCUUCUCCCCCUCCUCACCCGUAAAGAGUGUGUGAACUCAGGAGAGUAGCAAAGCUGGUCCUCAACCAUCUUCUGUCCGAGACACAAGGACACAAAGCACUUCUUCUUCAGCCGGCCUGCUCUCCACUCCCAGACUGGUUUUAGGGAGAGGGAGGGACUUGUGUGUGUGUGUGUGUGUGUGUGUGUGUGUGUGUGUGUGUGUGUGUGUGUGUGUGUGUGUGUGUGUGUGUGUGUGUGUGUGUGUGUGUGUGUGUGUGUGUGUGUGUGUGUGUGUGAGAGAGAUUGGGGAGAAGGCAUCAAACCAAAACGAGAGGAGCCCAGAAGACCAGAUGACUUUUUUUUUUCCUCCUUUUUGCCCACAUUUGCAGCGGUAGUAAAAAUGAGCGAGCGGUCGAUGAUAGCACUUAUUUACCCUCAAUGCCAACGAAUAGAAGAGAGGAGAAGCAACACUGGCGAAUAAAAACUGAAAAAACAAAGACAAAAAAAAAGCAAUCUGCUAAGUGGCUUCUCUAUAUACUUAUUUUUUAACUUAACAUGGAUGUGAAUUUUUGUUGUUGUUGUUUUGUUUUUGGAAUCCUUCUUCCCUCAAGUCAGCGGGACCAGAAAGGAUGUCAAACACGGUAGCAAAGUGAAGGGAAAGUACAAAGAACUGAGCUGACGAUGGGUGUGGCUGGGAAGGACCCCCAAAAAGCACCUCAUCCUCACCCUCUGAUAUCAAAGUAAAUAUCACUGUUACAUUGCAACUUCUUUAGCCUUGGUGUCUGGAAACGCUCGACGUGUUCUACUGGGUCCAGCAGGGAGGACCGCCGUCUCUUCUGUCCUGGUUCUGUUGGAGGCCCUGCCAACCUGUGUGAUAGUGUGGCCACUGAGUGCCUGCCUGCUGCAGAGUGCCGUGCUGCAGCAGCCCUCAUCCCUCCCCUCUCCUUCCCUUCCUCCCCCGUCGCUCGCUGCCUCCCUGCGGAUCCCCACAGACUGGCUUCCCUCCUCUUCCUCCCUCCUCUUCCUCCCUCCUCUUGAGCAGCUCUUUCAGAACUGGCCCACCUGUAUUAAACCUACUACUGCUACGCCAGUCCUCAGCAAACCUCCACUUCCACUCUCUCUCCUGCAAGGAUCACUUUAGCCAGAGAUGGAGUUGUUUGAUGUGUUUUGUUUUUUCUCUCUCUUGGAUUUUACUUAUGGAAUUGCCAGUGUGCAUUUUUAUUUUUUUUUAUUAUUUUUGUUGUUGUGAGAUGUUGUUGCUGUUAUCAUUGAUGAUAUACUUCAUGAUUGUUUCUGAUGAUGACGAUUUCAUGGCUUUUUAAAUAUCGGUCUUUAUGCAGUGUUCAGCUUCUCUCCUGCCCCUCCCACGGCCUCCGAGGCAAAAACCAGUGUGUGGUGACGAGGUACGCGUCCGUGGGUGAAGCGUAGUCCAGGAUAGUGAGCCAGCGCCCCCCCACCCCGUCCAUCCUGGGGUCUACUCACUCACGCUGGUGCUUUAACUCUGGGAGCACUCAGUUAAACUUAGAACCACCUCAACUGACAACAGCCUUCCAUUUCUAUGCAAAGACGAGGAGGUGUUCGUUCACAGCCAUCCCCCGACAUCUGCCAACCUUCACUUAUCUCUCGACCUUUACGACCAGGCAGCUUCUCUCCAAACCUCACCUGGAAAACGUGCAGGGGGACACUGAAGGAGCCCGUCUUUAAGCGGCGUGGACGGAGCUAUGAGAUGACACUAGUUGUUGGCAAGCGGUCUUCAGUCUUGUGCCAACUGAUUUACAGAUAUCUACUUCCACCUUCCUCAUUUAUCUUUAGCACCAGGAGUCUUUCUUACCGCUGCAGGGCUCCGGCUGUAGGAGGGCAGGACGGACGAGUGGUGCUGGUGUUUGGCCACCGGGGGGGCUGGAGGACGUAGACGAGGCUGCAGUAGGAGGAGGGGAGGUCCCUGUAUGUGUCUGUGCACUGUUUAUGGGUCACAUCGGGUACAUCUCUUUAAAAACCAAAAACAUUAUCUUUUCUUUAUCAUCAAGGUUUUUGCAAAAACUAGAAACUACAAAAAAAAAGUCUGUUUCAGCUGUGCACUCCGAGGCUGAGAUGUUCUGUUUCUCUGCAAGCUGCCACCUUCUCACCCUGAUGAGGGGAAGCUGGAUCCUGGAGGUUCACGUCGGACCCCCAACCCGAAGGUCGCACCAGCCAGUACAGAUAUGUACACUGCCGUUCUAAGGUGGAGGGUCACGUAGAAAUGUCCCUGUUUUUGAAAGAUGACAUGAAAUUAACCAUAAAUCCAGUGUAGACAUAGUUAAUGUGGUAAAUGACUAUUGUAGCUGGAAACGGCUGAUGUUUAAUGGAAUAUCUCCAUAGGGGUACAGAGGAACAUUUCCAGCAACCAUCACUCCUGUGUUCUAAUGCUACAUUGUGUUAGCUAAUGGUGCUGAAAGGCUCAUUGAUGAUUAGAAAACCCUUGUACAGUUAUGUUAGCACAUGGAUAAAUGUGGGAGUUUUCAUGGAAAACAUGGAAUUGCCUGAAGUUCGGGUUAAUUUCUGGCCGUUUUUGACAAGUUAAUUGAGAGGCAGACAGGAACAGUAGGGAGAAGAAUGGGAGGAAGACCUGCAGCAAAGGCCCUGAGCUGGAUUUGAACCCAGGCCGCUGCAUCAGGGAACCUCCUGUUUAUGGGUCCUACACUCAACUAGUGGCCCAAACCUUUGAACGGUAGUGUAGAUACAUCCAGAGGUCAUUUCUGCACAUCUGGCUCUGGGGUCGGAGCAGCGGCCCGACGUAUCGGCUGAAACAGGGACACGCCUCAUUUCGGUACCAAGUCUUAAGCGUAGGGGAGUCGCCCUCUUCCAGAGUCGCUUCAGGCUCGUUCAACACAAACAAUCACUAUUGCCUGUGCUGUCUGUCUGUGAUUGUUCCUGAAAACCUGCAUUUACUCCACACUGGACUUGAAUCAAGGAACUGGUGGUGAAGUGGGGGGGGUGAACCGAGUGGGAGGAACGGGCGACCGGGACCGAGGUCGGACCGGACCCUCCCACACCCACGUCUGCACUCUUAUCUACCUGUCUAGUGUUGGAAAUCAGACCCUCUCCCUUUGAGUUCUCCUUUUUGUAAGUCACAUGGACUGAAAGGCAACUGGAGCUGAAUUCAAAUCUGCUUCUCAAUCAUGGAUCAGACAAGGGUCUGGGGCAGGGACCCCGAAAAGAGUUGAAUUAGCAAAUCUCUCUUUUAAAAACAAAAGGCCUGGGUUGAAUAUGCACAUGCUAGUUCGUAUGCGCUGCACAGCCACGCCUACAUGAUGGCUGUGCUGUGUGUACGUGGCUGGAUCUCUCUGUUUUCCACUUAGCCUACGCCCCCCCCUGCCCCGGCUUCAGCCCUUACCCUGUGUAUCCGACAUUCUAUUCCCCAGAAGACGAGAUCAUAAACAUAUCAGAGUAAUACGAAAUAAUGAAAACAAAUACUUGAAUCAAAAGAAGCGCCAAUAAUGUAAUGUGAACACUUUUUGUAGUGGUUUUUGUCUCAUUCAUACACUUCAGAGAUUUUUUGAUAGCGUCGGUUCAGAGUGAAUAAAAAUUUGAAAUGUUGUUGAAAACAAAGAUCGAUAUAAAGGCAAAAUUUUACAUCUGUUGUAUUUGAGUGUUUGCACAAGGCUGCUUGUACUGUACGAAUGAAUGUGAGGUGAAAUCCGUGUGAGAGCUCGUGAUUACAGCGGAGCAAUGAUCCGCCUCGUGUUUCUCUUUUCAGUUCAGUAUACUUUGGUUGUUGAUUUUUCUUUUUCUUUUUUUUGCUUGUCAAAACUAUAUUCUGAUGUUAAUUGUUACUAGCCUCUAGCGUUGCACUGAGUGUCGCCUCACCCCUCAUCCAGCUAAACGAACAACAUGAUACAAGUACUGAGGGGAGACGGGGACAGUUCACGUGUAAAUGUUUACUCAAGGACUAAAAAUAAGUGUGUUUUUAAAACUGUAAUGUUUAUCUACCUUAGUGGCUUUCAUUGUGGAAUAAUCCAAGAAAGUAUGGAUCAUAAUUGAGUAUUGCACCAUUUUUCAGACUAUAAACCUAAAAAAAAAAAACGAAGAAAAAGUGAAAAAAAAAUCACAUAUGUAUAAAAAAUGCAAAAAAAAAAAAAAAGUAUUUUGCAGACCUGUGGCCAUAGAUUGGGGUAGAAGGACUUCAGCUCUCCUAAAUCUGAGCAACGGAGAGCGAAGGACAAGACAUCAGACCGAGCCUUGGCUUCUAGGGCUCAUUCAGAGGUGCCUACCUUUAUUUUUUCUUUUUGGUUUGUUAGCUUUUCGUUCUGUUUUCACUCAUCUGUUUUAAUGCAAGGCCACUGACAGUUUACAAACACUUAGUUUUUUUCUAGAGUUCGAAAAAAUUUCAGCGAAACAAAGGAAGGAAUGUUGGAAAAACAAAAAAAAAACAGGACAAAUGCUUCCAUUUUUGAGAAAAAAAAGAAAAGUGCAACACAAACGCUUCACCGAAUGAAGAUUUAUUCUCGUGCUACUUUCAGAACUCUGGGAUCGAACAGUGUUGUCUCGUUCUGUUUAACCUUCUGUAUGUUUUAUGUUGAUUAUAUCUAUUUUUCCUUUAUAUAAAAACAAACAAACAAAAAAAGAAAAAAAGACAUAAUUGCUCACUCUCUUGCACACACACGAAAAAGUGGAUCUUGUCUCAGGAAGGUUCCAGAGUACCGACUCCACGCCAUUUUAAUGUACAUUUUUAUGAUGAGUUAAAAACAAGAAAAAUAACAAAAAAAGGAUGACUUAAAAGAAACAAUUCUAAGCACUGAAAGUUAUGGAUUUCAGAAGAAGAGAAAUUUUGUUUCUAAAUCCGUAGCAGUUACGUAAUAACCAAAUAAUGGACUUUAAAUGAGAAAUGGAGUGCUUUAUAUAUAAAUCUAUAUAUUAAAAUUGCUUUACAUUUAAAAAUGGUCAAUGAUGAGUUUGUUUAAAAAAGAAAAGGGUUAAAAAAAAGAAAAAAAGAGGGUGAAUAACAUGCAAAAUGCUGUAUGUUUGAAUCUUUGUGUUUUCUUAAUGAGGUCCCGUCCUGAACGAAUCAGGAACAUUGUGCAUUACUCUCUCUCUCUCUCUGUCUGUCUCUCUCUCUCUCUGUCUCUCUCUGUCUCUCUCUCUGUGUCUCUCUCUCUGUCUCUCUUUGUCUCUCUCUCUCUGUCUCUCUCUCUCUGUCUCUCUCUCUCUCUGUCUCUCUCUCUCUGUCUCUCUCUGUCUCUCUCUCUCUCUCUGUCUCUCUCUGUCUCUCUCUCUCUCUGUCUCUGUCUCUCUCUCUCUCUCUGUCUCUCUCUCUCUCUGUCUCUGUCUCUGUCUCUCUCUCUCUGUGUCUCUCUCUCUCUCUCUCUCCCUCUCAUUCUCUCCCACAGCGGGUAUUAUUAUUAUGGUUAUUAUGGUUAUUAUUAAUAGAAGAAUCAGACCUUUGAACAUGAGCUGGUUGUAAAGGAUCAUGAAACUAUGCACAAGUGUCGGGGGGGCGGGGUUUGGGUUUGCAGCCCGGCUGAUCUUAUUGCAGGGGUUUUUGGGAUCCAAUGUGUUGUUGUUUGUUCAUUUUAAUUUUUAAACGGGGGUGGAGGGAGGCGGUGGAGAGGUGACUCACUUCAGACCCCCCACCUCCGGCUUCCUUCCCCUGAUUCAGAUCGACCUACAUCGCCAUGCUGUGUACUCCUAAAACCAAUGAGCGUCUCACUCUUUAGCACUGUGGGAUUCUAGCCUGUCACCCUCAAGGGGGUUAUUAUUUGUUUGUUUUAUGGAGGGUGGGUUCAGGGCUGCUUUUAUUUUAUUUUUUUUUGCCUUUUUUUGUUGUUUUUUUUUUUGAAAUAUUCAGUAAAAAUGUCUGUACUGAGAGUUAAUGAGAAGUCAGUGGCUUGUAAUGUUUUAUUUUUUUCUCUGUAUAUCUCUUUCUCCUCAUAGAAUGUGAUUGUUCAAUGACAUGCACCGAAACAAAAUGUUUUCAUGAACUAUGGAGCUUCUUUCAAAUAUUAAUAAAAUAGCAUUUUUUUCUUGGCUGUUAAA